AUGGACUACCAGAACCGCGCGGGCUCCAAGUUCGGCGGCGGCGGCGUCGCGUCGCACUCGGCCACAAACGCCGACCGGCGCGAGCGCCUGCGCAAGCUCGCCCUCGAGACCAUCGACCUCGACAAGGACCCCUACUUCUUCAAGAACCACGUCGGCUCCUUCGAGUGCCGCCUCUGCCUGACGGUGCACCAGAACGACGGCUCCUACCUCGCCCACACGCAGGGCAAGAAGCACCAGACCAACCUCGCCCGCCGCGCCGCCCGCGAGCAGAAGCAGGGCAGCGCCAGCGCCGGCGGCCAGGCGGGAGGCGUGGACCCGGCCACGGGCCUGCCCGUCGGCGUCGCCGCGGGGCUCGCCCGCCGCAACGUCGUCAAGAUCGGCCGCCCCGGCUACAAGAUCACCAAGAUCCGCGACCCGCUCUCCCUCCAGCAGGGCCUGCUCUUCCAGCUGCAGUACCCGGACGCGCCGCCCGACGCCGCCCCCAAGUGGCAGGUCAUGAACGCCUUCACCCAGCGCGUCGAGGACCCCGACAAGAACUUCCAGUACCUCGUCGUCGCCGCCGACCCCUACGAGACCGUCGGCUUCAAGAUCCCCUCGCGCGAGCUCGACAAGCGCGAGGACCGCCAGUUCUCCUUCUGGGACCCCGACGCCAAGGAGUUUUGGAUCCAGGUCAUGUUUAUGACGGAGCGCGAGGAGCGCUUCAACGCCGCGCCCGGCUUGUCGGGAAGGAAGUGA